CCUUCCUGUUUCUCCUCUCCCGACGGUCACGCAACCGUUCCGUCCGACACCAUGGGUGGCGAAGCAAUUCUCUUUGUGAUUGCGGUCGUCGCGGCCGCGGCCCUCCUCUUCGCGAUGGUCUUCUAUUUCAUCCUCUUCACCGAUCUCGAGUCCGACUACAUCAACCCGAUCGAGUGCUGCAUUCGAGUCAACAAGAUCAUCCUCCCUGAGAUGAUCACCCAUACUGCCCUGACCGUGAUCUUCCUGCUUUCCCGGAGCUGGCUCGCCUUCCUGCUCAACCUGCCGCUCCUGGUCUACCACGGCAUGAAGUACAACUCCGGCAAGUACCUCUGCGAUGCGACCUCCAUCUUCCGUCAGCUCUCGCGCCACCGCCGGGAGGGCCUCUUCAAGCUGGUGUUCUACCUGCUCUGCUUCUUCUACUACCUCUACCGCAUGAUUGUCGGCCUCAUCGACGAUUAAAAGUAACCCGCGCGCGCGCGCUCCAUCCCCCCACACUCACACCCAUAUCCGGCGCCGGCGGCGGUGGCGACGGCAGGGUGAUUGUCGCGCAGACCCGCCUCACCGAGUAGUGUGCUGCCCUUCAGAUCCUUCGCCCCUUGCGCGUCCCUCCUGCACCAGCAUGAUGUGGCACACCGUAGGGGAGGGUGUGUCCUUCCUCCUCCCGGCUCCCUCCCCCCCUCUUAUAAAUACACCCCCUCCUGUCCUUGC